UUUUUUAGCAUUUAUAUUUUUCUUGCACUCACGAAUCAAAGUGAAUUUGUAUCUCGUCGAGAUGUGUUGUGUUCGCGCAUGUUAAAGACCUCAUCGUUGUAGUCGCUUUAGCAGUCAGUCAUUCCCGUGGAGGUAUUCUUUUUGAGAAUAUAGACAAAAUAAUAUACAAUUAAAUACACAAAAAAUACAAAAACUGAAGAAAAAAAACAACAACAUACAAAAGCAAAAAAUAAGAAAAUUAAAAAUAAUAAAAAUAAAAGAAUUAAAUAAACCCCAUUCAAUAGUGAAUAUAUAAGUACGAGAGUGUGCAUCAUCGACAUCAUCUUCUAAACUCAAUAAUUACAGUGAAAAAAGUGAAAAAAGUGAAAAAUCAUCUGGUGGAAGUGUUCUCUUCUUUUUAUUUUGCCUACAGAUGCAAAAUUUUCUUUUCUUGUUCUUAAAGUUUAAAGAUUGAUGUGAUAUGGUUGCAAAAUUAUUAUGAAAAAAUAUUAUUAAUAGAAUAAAAAUACACACAAGUGAAAAGGAAAAAUAAAAAGUGCUGCUGUAUAUUAAAACAAUAUACAGAAAAUUUAAUAAAUAAAUACAAAUUAAAUAAAUGUACACUCUCUCUCUAAAGCAAGUAAAGCUAAAUAAAACAACAAAAACUUCGUAAUAAUUCAAAUAGAAGUAAAGGAAAAAUAUUAAUACAGAUAAUCUUGGCAUUACAAAAAAAAUCAACAUCAACAACAAGCUGUAUUGUUGAUCUAACAACUAAUUUACAAUUGAGGCGAUAAGCUACAAACCCCAGAAUAUAUUGUGUGUGCGUGCAGUUUCUAGAACGAGUACGAGUCUACUCGCAAAAACAUAAUACUCGUGCUCAACCCUCUCUUAAGGCGGCUGUACAGUGUUGCAAUUUAUUGGUGGUUUUAGUUGCACUUUAAGGUGCUAUGAGUAAAAAAUGAUCUCAUACAAUUGAAAUUUGCUUCCAUGAAAAAUUUCGUAUUCCAAGGAAACACCGACGACAACAAAAGUUACAACUAGAGAAAUGUAAAAUAAUAAACUACUGUCUACAACAGUAACAUUAACAUUAUUAACAGCAACAAUAGAAUAGAAACAAAUUAAAGACAUAAAAAGCAAAAACUAUUAAUGCAUUUCAAUUGUUUCGCAAUAAGCACGGCUUUUGGUAUCAUUCGUAUUCGGGCUACCACUUUGUUCUUUCCUGCCGUAAUGAGAUGAAAACUGUGAUGUUGUACAGAGUAUUAAGCAGCAGCAGUAAAAUAGUUUCGUAAUGUAGUUUUCUUAACUAGAAAAUACUUAUUUAUAAAGUUAAACUACAACGACAGCAGCAAAGAAUCAACAAGACAAAUAAAGACAACAUUUACAUUUUGUAAAUUAGCGACAAACGGAAUUUAAAGCCAUAGAUUUUCAGACAAUUGGAAGAAAGUUUUAAAGCACACAAUGUUAUCUACCGGCACCUAUGUAUCCUCGGGAUCCAUAGAGGUUUCCCAAGCUAUGCAAGACGGCGAAAAGUUUAUCAAAUGGGACGAUGACUCUGGUAUCGGUGUCCCGGUAACUAUGCGUGUGGAUCCUAGUGGUUUCUUUUUACAUUAUGUCGAUCAAAAUAAUGAAAUGGAUCUGUUGGACAUUUCCACAAUAAGAGAUGUACGAACUGGACCAUAUGCCAAAAAACCUAAAGAUCCCAAACUAAGUCAGAUUGUAACAUUGGGUUCACAGGAUACACUAGAGGAGAAAACUGUAACCAUUUGUCAUGGUGCAGAUUUCGUUAACUUGACAUUUGUAAAUUUUUGCUGUACGAAAAAAGAAAUUGCACAGCAUUGGUGUGAUGGCUUAAUGAGGCUGGCAUACAGUUUAAUGCAGUUAAAUGGAUCUGUAAAUAUGUUUCUGAAAAAGUCCCACACAAAGCUGUGCUUACAAAUUGACAAAAGUGGCAAAAUACCAGUUAAAAACAUUGUUAAAAUGUUUGCCCAAAACAAAGAUGAUCGCAAGCGUGUGGAAAAGGCUUUGGAAAAUACUGGUUUACCCUCGGGCAAACUGGAAUCGGUGGCUAUUUCAAAAUUCACAUUUGAGGAAUUUUAUAAUCUGUAUAAAAACAUAACACAACGCAGCGAGGUGGAAAAAGUAUUUGACAAUAUAGUGGGCAAUACAAAACGCAAAUAUAUGACCACCAACCAAUUUAUGGAUUUUUUGAACAACACACAGCGUGAUCCAAGACUAAAUGAGAUUUUAUAUCCUUAUGCCGAUACGGAACGAGCCAAAGAAAUCAUAAAACAAUAUGAACCUAAUAAAUUCAAUAUACAAAAAGGAUUAUUUAGUUUGGAUGGCUUUUUAAGAUACUUGAUGUCAGAUGAUAAUCCAAUAAUGGCGGCAAAUAAAUGGGAUCUAAAUGAUGAUAUGAACCAACCUUUAUCACAUUAUUUUAUAAACUCUUCCCAUAACACUUACUUAACGGGUCAUCAGUUAACCGGUAAAUCAUCGGUUGAAAUUUAUCGUCAGUGUUUGUUGGCUGGUUGCAGGUGUGUGGAGUUGGACUUUUGGAAUGGUCGCACUGACGAACCGGUCAUUGUACAUGGUUACACAUUUGUUCCUGAAAUAUUUGCAAAGGAUGUUUUGGAAGCCAUAGCGGAGAGUGCUUUUAAAACAUCAGAAUUUCCUGUGAUAUUAAGUUUUGAAAAUCACUGUAAUCCCAGGCAACAGGCUAAAAUUGCUAAUUAUUGUCGUGAGAUAUUUGGUGAUAUGUUGCUAGAUAAACCCAUAGAUUCUCAUCCACUUGAACCCAAUAUUGAUCUACCACCACCAUCAUUUCUCAGACGUAAAAUUAUCAUUAAGAAUAAGAAAAAACAUCAUCACCAUCACCACCAUCAUCAUCAUCACCACAAGAAAAGUGCGGGUGGUUCGGCAGUCAAUAACAAACAACUGAUCUCGGCCAAUUCAGUGGAUGCCACUAAUAAAGCAGCAUCAAUUGCACCCUCAUCACUGAGUAUACAGCAACAGGUUUCUAUUCAAGAAGAUGGAAGUACAGCAGCAACUACAAACGGAGACAUUGGUAAUGGCAGUAAUCAUGCACCGCCCUUACAACAAUUACGACAAAGUUCUAAAGACAGUACAGGCUCUUCAGAUACCGACAGCUCCAGUGAUGAUGAAUCUUUACCUAAUACUACUCCGAUUUUACCCAGUGGCAAUGAACCGCCACCAGAAAAAGCACAGAAGGAAACGGAAGCUGGAGCAGAAAUUUCAGCUUUGGUGAACUAUGUUCAGCCCAUACAUUUUAGCUCAUUCGAGAAUGCUGAAAAGAAAAAUCGUAAUUAUGAAAUGUCCUCGUUUGAUGAAAAACAAGCCACCACCUUGUUAAAAGAAAGGCCCAUAGAAUUUGUGAAUUACAAUAAACAUCAAUUGUCCAGAGUAUAUCCAGCAGGGACACGUUUUGAUAGCUCUAAUUUUAUGCCCCAGCUCUUUUGGAAUGCCGGUUGUCAAUUGGUGGCUUUAAAUUUUCAAACAUUAGACUUAGCUAUGCAGCUUAAUUUGGGAAUAUUCGAAUAUAAUGGUAGAUGUGGUUACUUACUAAAGCCAGAAUUCAUGAGACGAACAGAUCGUCGUUUAGAUCCAUUUGCUGAAAGCACGGUUGAUGGUAUUAUAGCUGGUUCCGUUUCCAUCACAGUACUAUCAGGACAAUUUCUUUCCGAUAAGCGAAUAGGCACUUAUGUAGAAGUCGAUAUGUUUGGUUUACCAGCUGAUACAGUACGAAAAAAAUUUCGUACUAAAAUUGUUCGUGACAAUGGUAUGAAUCCCAUAUACGAUGAAGAGCCUUUUGUAUUCAAAAAAGUAGUAUUACCCGCUUUGGCGAGCAUACGUAUAGCAGCUUAUGAAGAAAACGGCAAAUUCAUUGGUCAUCGAGUUUUGCCAGUUAUAGGUUUGCGUCCUGGCUAUCGUCAUCUAAGUUUGCGCACUGAAAUGGGUCAGGCUUUACCCUUGACCUCACUGUUUUUAUGCAUAAUUGUGAAGGAUUAUGUUCCCGAUGACAUUGCCAUAUUUGCAGAAGCUUUGGCAAAUCCUAUUAAAUACCAAAACGAGCUAGAAAAACGUGACAAACAAUUGGCGGUAUUACAAGAAGACACUGAACCUAUAGCAAUUGAGGAAGAUAUAACAAAUUCCUUUGUUUUUGUUCAAGUAGGUGGACAGAAGAAAGAGCUGAGACCGGUAGAAUCAAAUACUAUAAGUCCAAAACAUAGGUCUAGUUUAACAGCGUCCGCUACUAUGAGUGUGGAAGUCUCCAAUGCCAGAGACACGGCUGACUCGGCUAGCUCCACGAUGCAAAGCAUACAACAUCAACAUUCUCUCGAUUCAACGGCUCCAACAUCUGUCAGGCAAAUUGAAUCAUCCCAGUUUGAUGUAGAAUCGUUGACGGCUGAACCAUUGGAAAAAAUAUUAGAACACAAAACGGUACGCGAGAAGCGUUUGGAAAUGGAAAAGAAAUUAGAAUCUAUACGUAAGAAACAUGAUAAGGAAAAAGUGAAGAUUUGCGGUUCCAAGUUAAGUCCCAUGGACAGCAGUAAAAAGCCUAAAUUUGCUAUAACCAAUAAACUGGUGAAACGUUUAAGUAAUAAAAACCUAAAUUGUUUAUUUGCCAACAGUGAACCUACAGUCGAAGUUCCACCCUGUGCCAUGGAUUUAGGAGAGAAUCAAGAAGAGUGUUCCGGAGAUACAAUGCAGAGUCUAGAGGGUACGGUCGAUGAGAGAUUGCUGAAUUCAUGUCGGCAGUAUAGCCAGCAAUAUCGGGAGUUGCAGAAAAAAUAUCACGAGGCAAUUUAUGCAACAGCUGAGAAGGUCUUGCAAACAUCACAGGACAGUCAACUUAAACUAUUAAAGUCUUCUCUAGAUAAGGUGAAUAAUGAAGUUAUGCAUCAGUUAAGAGAGGCCAGAAAGGUGGAAGUAAAAAAUUUGGCAUUAGUACACAAAGAUAAAGAUGAAUUUGUGAGAAUGAAGCGUGAGGUGAGAAGAUCUGUGGUUGAGCGCGGCGUAGCCGAACGCACCCGUUUAAUGGACGUAUAUAAACAACGCACCGAGGAUUUACGAAAACAACAUGAAAUAGUUAAAGCUAAUUUAAUAGAACAUAAGACAAUGGCUCGUCAAAUAGUUGAUAAAGUAUGUGAAUCUCGCUCUUGUGUCUCCACCAACGGUUUCUUGGUACUUUUUCACAAUACCUCUGCCACCUCUACCUGUACUUCCUCCUUAAGUAAUGAACAUCAUCUUUCUUUAGACAUUGGUUCGUCUUCUAAUCAAUUAGCACUAUCACCCGCCCGUUCAAAUAACAGUAUAUCCAAUAGUACGGCAGCUAGUUCUGCCUCAGCAACGAUUUUGGCAUUGCCACAUAAAUGCUAAAAUAAUCAUUAAACACAAAAUUAACAAGUUUUAACGUAAAAUUAACAUAAAAUUUGUAAAGAAAUAAUCAAAUUUUAUGAAGAAAAAAAAACAGUAUUUAUUGUUGUGAAAAAGAAAACACAAACAAACGAAGAAAACAUUAAAUGGUGGAAUGUUAGGUUUAAAAUUUAUUUUAGAAAAAAAUUUAAAAUGUAGUCAAAAUUAUUUUAUAAAUAAUAAUAAUAAUAUUAAAGAAUAUAUAGCAAAUAAGUUACUUUACACCAAAGGAGUACUGAUUAAUUAGUUCAUAUUGAUCUCUGAUCUAAGACAAACAUUAAAAAUGGAUUAAUAUAUUGAAUCUAUUAGAAUUGUUGAAGAUAAUUCAUUUCAUAAACAUGGAAACUUUAAAAAACUUUAGUAGUUUUCACUCUUGGUGGUACACAUGAUAUGUUCCCAUGAAAUAUUCAUUUCCCUCGAAGGGAAAAUUGCUAUCAAUCACAAUAGUUAAUUUUGUUAGUAACAACUUUUUAUUGUUUACAAAAUUCCAUCUAAAAAAAUGGGGAAUUUUUUCACGUGAACAAAGUUGAUGAAGGAAAAAUGGGAAAAGGCAACAUUUCAUGUUAUUUUUACGAAACUUUUAACUUGAAACCGUGAGUGAGAACUGCAUUUAAUAAAGAUCUAAAUAAGUUAUUGUUAUUCGACCUUAUGUAGGUACCUCUGAGCAACAUUCAUUAUUCCUCUUGAUUAUCUAAAAUAUGAAUUCUCACAUAUUUCAGUAUUGGUUCAUAUUAAUUGUUUUGUUUUUCGUUUUCUUUUCUUAAUUUUUUAUUUGAUAAAACAAAAUUCCUUUACCGACAAGACAAUCAGAUGCUUCCUCCUUUAUUGUAGUACUUCAAAAGCAGCGUAAUAAAUUAUAGAUUAAUACAUUUGUUGCUGCGAUCUAGUAAAUAGUUUUAUUUUUACUUUACUUACAAUAUUAACCAGGUCUACAAGGGUACUCUACUAACAAAUGUAAUAAACGCCAUUAUUGCUUUUUAAUUUGUAGAUGCCUUUCGAUUGAAUAUUUCAAAUAUUAUUUAGAGUUAUAUAUUUUAUAAUAAUUUAUUGGUUUUUAUUAUACCAAUAAACAACAUAUUCAAGAUAAUCCCGAAUAAGAAAUUUACAUACAGAUGUAUGUAUAUAUUAAUCAUUCAAUCAAAUGUUAUCUGUUAAAUUAAAAUAUGGAUAAACUUAUUAUCGAUUUUAACUUGGUCCUAUAUAAUGUUAUUAAGUUGACAUUUUAAACUCUGCUAAUAUUAGUAGAAUGAUUUUAAAUAAUGAAUAAACUUUUUUCCAAUUUAAGAAUAAUAGAACCAAGAUUUUAAACACUUACAAAUUUUGGUGUAAAGUAAUUUGUGUAAGUAGUUGAACUUAAAUAAGGGUUGAGUAGCUUUUAUGUCGGUUUUAGAAAUAGAAAAUUUUACAAGCAGAAAUGAAAAAUUAAGAAGUUUACCAAAUUUUUGAUAAAACUGCAACAAAAAAUAUACAAUGCAAGAAGAAAAUUUAUUGAAUUAAACUCGAGUUUGAAAUAUUAUUAAAAAAAAAACUAUUGACAAGAUUUUCUUUUAGAAAAACUGUUAAAAAAUUUAAUUUUCUUCUUGUCUUUAAAUGUAUGUACGUACGUACAUACUCGUAUGUAUCUGUACGAGAAAUGUUAUUUUCAAAAAUUUGUUACCUUAUUGUUAAUAUUAUUAUGUAUUAGUAUUUAAGUGGAAUAACAAAAAUCUGAAAAAAUACUAUUUUUUGAAAAGCAUCAAAAGAAAAACAAACAAUAACAAUUAAAUAGAUUUAUGUAUACAUAUUUCCUUAAUGUCCGGUUAUCAUUUUUCUGGCAGUAGCCAGUUAACAGGUAUAUAUAAUGUUAAUAUGAAUUAUAUUGUUACGAAAAAAUAUAAUCUGACAUUGCUAAUAUGUAUGUAUGUGUCUUAAAAUACUUUAAACUUUUAAGUGUCUACUACGAUUAAUACUAACUUAUAAAACAUUUGGUUGUAUUUAUUUUAGAAAACGAAAACAAACAAAAAACUUGAAUGAGUUGAUUUUUAAUUUUAGGAUUUAAAUUUGAAAGGUCUUAGUGCUAGAACAUGAUAGGAAACAUCAAAACAUUGAAAUUUCAUUAAACUGUAUUUAAGCUGCGAAUUAAUUAAUUCAAUUUAAGCUUAAUUCACUAAAAUCCUAAUUCAGAAUGGAUUUCAAUCGAUGAAAACGUUAACGAUUCGAUAAGGAAUUAAUUCUAUAAAAAAUGAAUUCAAUACGUUUGAAUUAAUAAGGAAUUAAGUAUGUAAACUAAUUCGUAAUGAAUUCAGUAGUGGAAUGGUUAUUAACAUAUAAAUUAAAUUGGUUUUUAAAUUGAAUUACGAAUUUUAUGUGUAUUAAAUACAAAUAUUUGAAAUGCGGUAUAUAAAGUAAUAAAAUCACUUAAUCCAUGUGGCUUAUCAUGUUUUUACAGUAAACCCUUUCAUUUAUAUAAUUAAAGCAAAUCAAAAAAAAUAAAUAAACUAGUCUUAUUUCCAAACCAGAAUCUCAGAUUAAUUAGACGCUGAUGCUUCCUAUAUAUAUGUUUUGAUCCAAAAAGCAUUUUUUAUUUCUCAUUUUUUGUUCAUUUAUAAAAUUAUCUUUAAACCACUGUUUGUUAAGAAAAGGAUACUAUAUAAAAAAGUUUUAAACAAAAAUGUAUUUGUAUGUAUUGUAUAUUAUACACUUAAACAAAUGGUGUCAUUGAAACAUUAUUGUUAUUAUUAUACAUAUGUAUCAUUUAUGUAUAUAAUUUUUAAGUUAGUAUGUUUUUGAAUAUCCUGCUUUUCAAAAUAUUACAUACAUUAAAAUUAGUGCUGAUAUAAUUGUGCUACAUACAGGAGAACAAAGCGAAAGACUGGAGAUUGUAAGAGAAUAAAGUACGUUGUCGGUUACUGAGCAACUUUUGUUCAAACAUUCAAAAAUGUUGUAAUGUUGUAAAUCUUUUAAAAGAGAAAGUUUUCUACCACUUUUUUCAAAUCAAAAGUUCUUACUGGAUUAUGCAUGUAAAUAUUUUAAAGUUAAAUUCUCAUCAAAGCAUUUUAUUGCUUAAUAUUCUAAAUUAUGUCGAAAUAAUUAAAUUCAUUUCAAAAUCUGCUAUAAAUUGUCUUAGGAAUUAUGUACUUUUAAUAAGAAAAUUACUAAGCAUUCAUACAUUUGUUUAAUCUAAAGUUUGCCAGUAACUGCACAACAACCUGUAAAAUAAAUAUAAAUUACUCAGCAACUAUUUCUAUAGAAUUGUCAAGUUCCAGAGUCUUUUUUUCUCAAACUCCUAAUUAGUUUACUUAAUAAGGCAGCGUUUUUAUGUUUUAGUCUAAUAUUAUCUAUUAUAUACAUUUUUAUUAAGUUAAACCAAGAAUCUUUUGUGUACUAUUUUAAAUGAUACAAUUUAGUUUAAAAGUUUAAUUUUUAGUUUUAAUCAAUGUCAUGCAUGCCAAGUGUUUCAACUCCAAAAACAAACAAACAAAAAACAGCAGAAAAAAGCACAAAUUUUGUAAUAAAUUUUUGUGAUUUUAUUAUUAUAAUAACUAUAUUACUAUUAUUAUUAUUGUGUGUGAUUAAUUGUUAAGAUUUAUUUAUUUAUGACUUUUUUAGUUUGCUUUUUUAUGUAAUAAUGUUUUGUUUAUUUUUUAAAUAAAUGUUUUCAACACAAUGUCUAUAAAAA